AUGGCGACGUGGCGCAGUCACCGCGCGUCGGAGGAGCGUCGGCCCUCGUCGCUGCCGUUUCCGCGUUCGUCUUACCUGUCUGCGCCGGGGCUCGAGGGUCCGCUGUCGCCCUCGCCCUCCUCCUGCUCCACGGCGGCGGCGGCGCCAAGUCCACGGAGCGAACGCGGGCAGAAGAGUUUUGCCUCGGGGGCCUGCGCGCCUGCGUCGGCGCCGCCGGCGCCUCCUCCCCUGCUCGCGGCGGCUUCGCCUGCGCACGACGAGUCUGCGCGUGUGCCUGGCUGGUGCCGGCGGCUGUCGCGGCUGUCGCCGGCGCGCCUGUGGGACUUUGUGAAGGGCGUGAAGCAGGAAACGGGUCUGCAUUUCACGCUGCUGAUGCUGAGCACCUACGUGGGGCUGAAGGGGUUUCUGUACAUCAUGGCGACCGACUCGCUCCUCCCGUACAUGAAGGCGCUGGGCUACGACGGCCUCGUGUACCAGCGCACCCUCACGCUCGCCUAUGUGCCGUGGGGCAUGAAGGGUUUGAUCGGCUCGCUGUCGGACGCGCUGCCGAUCGCGGGCUACCACAAGCGCGCGUACAUGCUGCUGGCGAGUCUGGCGGGCGUCUCGAGUUUGGUCUGUCUGCUGUUUUUGUCUGACUGGACGGCGCACCACGCGGCGUGGGUCGUCGGCGUUCUGUUCUUCGGCGUCCACCUCCAGAUCGCGACGGUCGACUUGAUGUGCGAGGGCAUGUACAGUCAGGUCAUGGCGGCGCGCCCGCACGUCGGCGGAAACCUCGUCACGUUUGUGAACGCCUGCACGACCGUGGGGGCGUUUCUGGGGCGUCUGGUCGUAGGGCCGGUCAGCGACCGCUUCGGCGCGCAUCCGCUCUUCCUCCUGGCGCUGCCCGUGGCGCUCCAGUCGCUCCUCCCAGUCGGACUGAACUACCUGCACGAAGAGCGCGUGAGUCCCGGCUGCGCGCUGUUGACCGACAAGGUUCGAGAGCAGAAGAAAGUCUUCUUCGUGGCGGUCGCCGUCGCGGCGUGCGCGUCGGGGGUCGCGGCGAUCUCGCUGCUCGGCGACAAGAACAUGACCUACAUCCUGCCCUACUGCGGCUGCGCCUCGCUCGCGCUGAUUGUGCUGUGCGUCGUCUGUCUGCCGCCGCAGCUGGCCAAGUGCAACAUCUUCUUUUUCGCCGAUCGGAUUCUGCACAUCUCCAUCUCCGGCGCGCUCGACUUCUUCUACACCGCGGCGCCGGCGUGCGUGCCCGACGGGCCGCACUUCGACUACACGUACUACUCCACGUACACGGCGAUGGCGGGCACUCUCGCGACCUGGGUGGGGCUAGUCUUCUUCCAAGUCGCGCUGUCCUCCUGGAGCUACCGCAGCAUCUUUUGGCUCACCAGUGCCGUCCGCAUCCUCGCGUCGCUCUUCGACUACGUGCUCGCCACGCGCCUCAACCUGCGCCUGGGGAUCCCCGACAAACUCAUGUAUCUCCUGGGCGACGCCAUCAUCCUCAGCGUGAUUGGCGCCCUCUCCCACAUGGCUGGCGUCAUUCUGACCUCGCGGCUCUGUCCGCGCCACAUGGAAAGCACCGUCUACGCGAUCCUCGCGGGCAUCAGCAACUUUGGGCACAGCGUCUCCAUCUUGCUCGGCAUCCGCGCCAUCAAAGCCGCCAACAUCACGACAACUGCGCGCGAGGGCGACGCCUGCAACUUUGAAAACCUGCCGAUCCUGAUCAUCCUCGCGCACUGCCUCCUUCCCAUGCUCUCCGUCCCCCUCGCCCUUUUCCUCCUGCCAGGGACGCCCAUGGACGAGCCGCUCGACGACUGCGACGCCGGCGGCUUCUGCGGGCGCCGCGCCGACCGCGACCCCAACAAGCGGGGCGCCGCGCCCGAGGAGGCCGCGGGCCUCCCAGGCAGCGACGAGCGGCCAGAAACUCGCAGAAGAAAGAAAGGACGCGCCGAGAGUCAUCCGACGCCCUGCAGCGAGACCGAGCUCAUCGCGGUGCCGGCGGGACGCGGCAACCGCGCCAAGGGCGCGCGCAGCCAACAUCGCCUGGGACACUACGCGAUCCCGACAGAAGACUACGCCGACGAGGACGAAGAGGAGGUCGCGGGGCAGCCCGCGGCUUUCUUCGCCACUGAGGGGCGUCUGCCGGAGGCGAGCGCAGGGGCCGGUGGGCGCGGGCGAGAAGCAGAGCGCCAGCGGGGCGCGGCCGCUGGAGUGCCCUUCGCGACGCUCCCUGCGCUGGGGCCUGACCGGGAAGACCGCAGCAUGCCAGACGCCAUCGGCGUGAGCGCCUUCUUGCCUCUGCCGCGGCGAGACAGCGACUGGAGCGCGGAGGCGCCAGAAGAGCAGCGCGUGGACAUCGCUCCCCCCGGCCGCCGCCGCAGCAGAGGCGCGCGAGGCUGCCAAGGCGGCGGCGACUCUGCCUGCUCGUCUGAGGAGGCGAGUGACUCUGUGCACACGUCGGCGUCCUCCUUUCUGGCGGCCUCCUCUGAGGCCGAAAAGGACGCCGAGCGGGGAGGCAGACGGGGUGGCGCGGCCGCGUCGCGUGACGCGGCAGGGCGUGGCACAUCUCUCUGCCACGCCGCCGCCGUGGAGCACAGCUGCGCGCCGCCUCGCGGAGAGUCGCCUGUGCCGCGCGAGUCGUCGCCCUUCUCGACGCGGUCGACCGGCGCGGAAGGGGCUUCGCAGGUGCUCGUCUUGGGCGACGACGUCUCGGUGCUCGAUUUACUGUCUGCAGCAGAUGAGGAGGUCGGUCGCGUGUGCGUGGGACCUGACGCGACGACGGCCGCGAGCCUCGCCGUGGCGGAGGCCACCGACAUCAUGUACAAACUCACGGCGGGGCUGCCGGCGCCCUCGCACGCGACACCGGACUCGAGGUCGACAGACACGCCGCCCACGCGAGCCUCGUUCGCUGCGUCGUCUGCGACCAAUAGUGACAUAGAUCUCUACUCGCCCGCGACCCUCGUCACGCCCGGCCGGUCGACGCCCAGCCCGUCGUCGGGCUCCUUGUCCCUUCUUUCCGCGCACGUGUUGCUCCCCGCGGAGUCUUCGGCGGCGACGUCGGCGGUGGCGGCGUCAUCGGCGUCGCCUGCUUCUUCUUCUUUCCCGUCGUCGUUCCACUCCGCGUCCUCCUCAUCGGCCGGUGGGACCACGUCGGCGUGCGGGUCAGCCCGCGGGCGCUCUGUGCGGGCGCCCAGCGACGAGCGAGAACUGGAGAUUCCUUUGGCGGCAGGGAGUGAAUGCGGCAACGGGUCUGGGUCUGGGGCUGCGCGCGAGCGCGGGGCAUCCGCGUCCCUUCCGUGCGCUGCCACGCGAGGCGGGCAAAGUCCCUCCGAGGGCGGCGGCGCGCCGGCCGUUGUGCACUCUGCAUUUGGCGCCGGGCGCGCCCCGGUGACGCUCGCCGGUUUCCCGCAGUGGACGAGCCGCGGCGGCCCCGCUGUGGAGGAGACUCGGCCGCAGAUCGUCGGCUGCUCUGUCGAGCAGAGAGAGGAGAGCCUCGAGUCUGCGCAGUGGAGGCGCAGUCCGCGCCGCAAGUAG